AUGGAAGUUUUAACUAAGAAAAUUAAAGAUGACCUGAACAUUAUUAUUGAAUACAGAGAUAUCAACACGGUGUAUAGAAUUGGCAAAAGUGACACAAAUAAUGGUAAGGAAAGACCUGUGCACGUAUCAUUUGUAAACAACUGGAAGAAAAUUGAGAUAAUGAAGAAAAAGAAGGAAUUUAAAAACGUCUAUGUUUCUGAAGACUAUCCUAAAGAAAUCCUUGAUAAAAGGAGAGAUCUACUUCCAAAACUCAAAGAAGAAAGGGAGAAAGGCAAAUAUGCAUUCAUAGAUUAUGAUAAAUUAGUCAUCAAAGAAGGGAAAUUCGACAACGGGAAACGCAAACGAAACCCAUCAGCGUCACCAAACUCAAUUGAACAACCUCGUAAACAACAAAUAAAAGGAAAAACAAACAGACUAAAUGCAUUCAAUAUUAUGAAGAACAGAAGCAACUCCCUGCCUACCGAAGCCCAAAUUCCUGAAAAGAAAACAUAG